GUCAACGUUAAACUUUGGCCCCAACCGUGAUUAGAAGAGCCACCUCGGCUUCGCAUCGUUUUGUCUCUCCUUGAUUUUUUUUUUUUCUUUCUGGCUAAUAUAAUUCAAUUUCAGAUAGAGGCUAGUGUGAGUGAAGGAGAGAUACAUGGCGAUGGUUUCAUUGUCUAACUCAUUUCUCACCUUCAAUUCUCCGAACCAACUCCGAAUUAGCCGAAGAAGAUACUCUGCCACCAUGGCCUCUUCAACUACUGGAGUGAGAGUCGCAGAAGGAGAAGGCAAUUUGCCUAAACUCGUUCUCACUUCUCCUCAGAACAGCGAAGCUGAGAUAUAUCUCUUUGGAGGCUGCAUUACAUCUUGGAAAGUUGCGGGUGGCAAAGAUCUUCUUUUCGUCAGACCAGAUGCUGUCUUCAAUAAGAUAAAGCCCAUAAGCGGAGGGAUUCCACACUGUUUCCCACAAUUCGGACCUGGAGAAAUUCAGCAGCAUGGGUUUGGAAGAAACAUGGACUGGUCUGUUGUCGAUUCCGAGAAUGCAGAUGACAGUGCUGCUGUAACUCUUGUGCUCAAGGAUGGUCCAUACAGUCGAGCCAUGUGGGACUUUGGUUUCCAGGCUCUAUACAAGGUCAUUAUUGGCGCGGACUGCCUUUCCACAGAGCUAAAAAUAACAAACACAGACAAUAAAGCAUUCUCGUUCUCCACUGCAUUGCAUACUUACUUCCGUGCAUCUGUCACGGGGGCAUCUGUGAGAGGUCUAAAGGGCUGUAAAACUCUCAAUAAGGAUCCUGAUCCUAAAAACCCUAUAGAGGGUAAAGAAGACAGGGAUGCAGUCACUUUCCCUGGAUUUGUAGAUUGCGUCUAUCUUGAUGCCCCUAAUGAAUUGCAGUUUGAUAAUGGCUUGGGUGAUAAAAUAUUCAUCAAAAACACAAAUUGGUCGGAUGCUGUCUUGUGGAACCCACAUAUUCAGAUGGAGGCUUGUUACAGAGACUUUGUGUGCGUGGAAAAUGCAAAGCUUGGGGAUGUCAAGCUAGAGCCAGGACAGUCUUGGACCGCAACACAGCUUCUCAGCGUCACUUGAAAACAAUGCACUUCAAGCUUCUGUUGUAAUGUCGAGUGGAUCCAUUUUCUUAAGCAAUAAAAGUGUUUUUUUUUUCCCUUCAAAUUUCACCAGUAGUCUCCACAACUGCAUUUCCCAUCUCUGAAAUGAUGGAACCUUGUCCUAUCUCUCAUAACGAUAUCCCUCUUGUAUAUCUUAGAGAUGAGUUUUGUUACUCUGUGACAGUCUUUGCACACUCGGAGAUUCUUCAUUAUACGUAUCGUUGUUCC